CGAUUCCACACUGAUUGUAUACACCUCAGUGGGUUCCCAAGCUCGUCGCCGGAAUGACGUCUCCCUUCGACGGAGUGGCCUGCUUCUGGUUGUCACUGAUCUGGAUCCAACUGGGUCUCAUCAAUGCUGGCCUGGAGUUCCUAAAGGAUUUCGUACCCCUUCACCUGGUGCGUCUGAGAGAGAUCGAGGACGAGGAGCGGGCAAUCGAGGGCGAGUGCACCCUGGGCGCCAUCAGCAUUCGUAUGUUCGCUUUUUAAAGACUGAUUUAUCUUGAAUUAUUGCUUAAAAUCAUUAGAACUACCCACUUUACCUCUAAUAUACCCUAAAUUCUUAGUUAUGUAAACAAAGAAAUGAAAACACUGAAUAAUUGUAUACCUCUAAGAAUGGUAUUGCUUGUACUUGCACGUUUUUUAUAAUCUUAUCUUUUACCUACAUAUACAAUACAUUUGCUUGUAAAUGUAGCAAAUACAAAGUAUCAUGGAAAUAAACUAGUUUUUUCGAGCAGGUUUAUGGCAGUUAAAGCAGAGACUUAGUUGAAUGAAAAUUAAACGAGUAAAACGCGUGGCUUAAGAUAUUUUAUAUGAUAUAUACACAAUGCACCUUUUUAA